AUGAUCCGUAAAGACGGGUGGAUGGUAACAUCCAUUUGCGCCCUCGAAAUGGUCUUCCUAGAACUGGUAUCCAACGAACUGUCUUCGCAGAAGCCGCCCUAUCAAUCGCUGGGACAAAAACUUCAGCGGCAUAUAAGUCUGCCCGUUGUGCAUGAGCGAGCGGCGCGCGGAGCGAGGAGCGGAGCGGGCUGCGCGAUACUUGAAAAAAAACUCAAUUCCGAUCGGCCAUGUCGCGUCAUUCGGAGAGACGCCGAGGCCGCGAGAUGCCGCGCAUCCGGCGGCUCAUUGUCCGCGGAGUGGAGAUCCAACAGCCAGCCGUAUCGGGUGACCGGGAUCCAGUUUGGCCACACCUCACGCCAGGCCGAGGCCCGGCCUGCGCGGGAAAAUGGCCCCAAU